AUGGAUAGACCUUCUCUUCAACCUGGGCUGGGACCAUGCCUCCUGCUGUGGCUGCUGCUGCCCCCGGUGCCCGAUCCCAGGGUGGAGGCUCAGAGGACCUGGCCCUCUCCGUUCUGCCCCGCGGUCUGCGAGCCAAGGCGCUGCCCGCCGCUGCCCACCUGCGCCUCGGGGGCCGCGCCGGUGCAGGACCGCUGCGGCUGCUGCCGCGUGUGCCCCGCGGCCGAGGGCGAGGUGUGCGGCGGGGCACUCGGCCGGCCCUGCGCCCCGGGGCUGCAGUGCAGCGCGGCGCUCCGCUCCGGGCGCCUGGGGGGCACGCGGCUGGGCACCUGCGGCUGCCCGGCGGUGGGGGCGGCCGUGUGCGGCAGCGACGGGCGCACCUACCGCAGCCUGUGCGCGCUCCGGGCCGAGAACCGCAUCGCGCGCCGCCGCGGGGCGCUCCCGGCGCUGCCAGUGCAGAAGGGGGACUGCAGGGACCGAGGGACCAGAAGCGCAGGCUGGCUCAGGAGCAACUACAACUUCAUCGCAGAGGUGGUGGAGAAGGUGGCGCCCUCGGUGGUUCACUUGCAGCUAUUUCGGAGGUCACCUCUCAGCGGCAAGGACAUCCCUGUGUCCAGUGGCUCUGGGUUCAUAGUGUCUGAGGAUGGGCUCAUCGUUACCAAUGCCCACGUUGUCACCAACCGGCAGCGAAUCCAGGCAGAGCUUCAGAGUGGGGUCCAGUAUGAAGCCACUGUCAAGGACAUUGACCAUAAACUGGACCUUGCUCUGAUUAAGAUUGAGCCAAGUACUGACCUUCCAGUAUUGCUGCUGGGAAAGUCAUCUGACCUGCGGGCCGGAGAGUUUGUGGUGGCCUUGGGCAGCCCGUUUUCUCUGCAGAACACAGUGACUGCGGGGAUUGUCAGCACUACACAGCGAGGGGGCAAAGAGCUGGGGCUGGAGGAUUCAGACAUGGACUAUAUCCAGACCGAUGCCAUAAUAAAUCACGGAAAUUCUGGGGGGCCUCUGGUGAACUUGGAUGGUGAUGUGAUUGGCAUAAAUACACUGAAGGUGACCGCAGGAAUCUCCUUUGCAAUCCCCUCUGAUCGAAUUCGAGAGUUCUUGGCGGAAUUCCAUGAGCGCCAGUUGAAAGGAAAAAAGGCUCUUUCACAAAGGAAAUAUCUGGGUCUGCGAAUGCUGCCCCUCAGUAUGAACCUUCUUCGAGAAAUGAAAAGGCAAGAUCCAGAUUUCCCUGUUGUGAGUUCUGGGGUUUUUGUAUAUGAGGUGAUUCAAGGAACAGCUGCUGAAAGCUCUGGGUUGAGAGACCACGAUGUAAUUGUCAGCAUAAAUGGGCAACCUGUUACUACCACAAACGAAGUUAUUGAAGCGGUCAAGGACAAUGAUUCCCUCUCCAUGAUGGUUCGUCGAGGAAGUCAAACUUUGAUCCUGACAAUCACACCUGAAAUAAUUGAUUAA